AUGCAGCUAUCCCUCGCAGUUCUGGCUGCGGCCGUUACACAGGCGGCCGUGACCACUGCCUCCUCCUUAACACCGCCCGUCCUGCCACUGAUCGUCCGGAACCCCUACCUGAGUACCUGGCUGGGGAACGCCCGGGAAGCACCAUGGGCCAAAUGGCCCAUGUUCUAUACGGGUGAGGAGGUUGGCCUCUCGUUGAUGGCCCAUCUUCCAAGUAAGGGAGCAGCCUAUCCUCUCGUCGGUAAGCCGCACGAGUCCCUGCCUUCGGACUCUGUACAGUACCCCGAUUACCUGGGACAUAACUACGAUGCCUCGACGACCAACUUCACCUAUCGCAUUGACACCGGCUCCUCUACUCCUCUGGAUAUUACCGUCUCCUUCCUCUCACCCAUCACACCGACCUCGACUCUGCGACAGUCGAUUCCGGCCUCCUACGUCACAUUCGACGUACAAGGAGAGACGGAUGUAAAUGUGUAUAUGGAUAUAGAUGCUCGCUGGGUGAGCGGAGACCAUGGAAGCAAAGUCAAGUGGGAAUGGAAUGCCCUUGAUGUCAAUGACAAGACAAGCAAGAAGCCGAACCUUCAAAGCUGGCAGAUCCGGAGGGAGAAUGAGCUCCACUUGUCAGAGAUUCGCGACCGCGCUGAAUGGGAGGCUGCCAAGGUCAGGAAGAGUUUUGCGAAGACUGGUUCCUUGACCAACGAGAAUGACAAUGACUUCCGAUCUAUCAAUGACCGGUCGCCCGUCUUUUCCUUCUCCAAGUCCUUCAACCUCAGUCGAUCCCCCGGGAAGACUUCUGACAGCGUCACGUUCACUGUCGCUCUUAUUCAACGCCCAGUUGUGCAAUAUGCAUCCGCUCGCGGCCUGACUCUGAUGCGACCCCUCUGGGAGUCUUGGUUCACCACCACCGAAGAGCUCUUGAACUUCCAUUACAAUGACCAUGUUGCGGCUGGAUCUCUGGCCUCCAACUACUCUGCACAACUGGCCAAGGAUGCCUACCUCUCAGGUGCUGAGGACUACGUUGACAUCGUUGCUCUUUCUGCCCGCCAAGUCAUGGGCGCAACAACCUUUUCGGGCACACCGGAUAACCCCAUCCUGUUCCUGAAGGAGAUCUCUUCGAAUGGAAACUUCCAAACCAUUGAUGUCAUUUUCCCAGCCUUCCCCUUCUUCCUGUACACCAACCCUCGAUGGCUGGCGUAUCUGCUCGAGCCGCUGAUUGAGCACAUGCUGAGUGGACAAUACCCUAACACCUAUGCCAUGCACGACCUGGGCACCCACUUCCCCAAUGCUACUGGCCACCCCGAUGGGAAGGACGAGUACAUGCCGGUUGAGGAGUGCGGUAACAUCCUGAUCAUGGGUCUGGCAAUUGCCAACUCGCUACAGUACCAGGAUGCAUCUGCUGCCUCAUCCAUGUGGUCUGCCCAGGGAUCGAACUCUUGGACCGCCUCGAGCGAUUCAGACUCGUUGUUCCCGCUCACCGAUCUCCAGGCGUUCUCUGGAAUUGCUCACCAGGACGGUAAAUGGGGCGGAGGCAUUCAGGGCGAAAACCUGGCCAAGAAAUGGGUGGACCGAAGCUACAAGCUCUGGAAGCAGUGGACUGGCUAUCUGGUCGAGUUUUCUUUGGAGCCGGCAAACCAACUUUCCACGGACGACUUUGCUGGCUGGCUGGCACUCCAGACCAACCUUGCUCUGAAGGGUAUCAUUGGUAUCAACGCCAUGAGCAAGCUCGCCGAGUUGACUGGACAUGAUUCCGACGCCAAAUACUUCAAAGACACCGCCGACAAGUACAUCGCCAAGUGGGAAGAGUUCGGCAUGUCUCGCGACAAGACACACGCCAAACUCGCCUACGACUGGUACGGUUCCUGGACAACAAUCUACAACCUAUACGCCGACGCCCAACUCUGCUUCCACCUCGAGGGAACCAACCUCUCCACCAACACCUCCCCAGGCUUCGUCCCACGCCACAUCUACCAGAAACAAUCAGUCUGGUACCACUACGUCCGCCAGAAGUACGGUCUCCCCCUGGACAGCCGCCACCUCUACACGAAGACAGACUGGGAAUUCUUCUCGAUGGCCGUGGCCUCGAAGCCCGUUCGCUCGGAGAUUUUGGAAUCUGUCGCGCGCUGGGUCAACGAGACUGUCACGGAUCGACCCUUCACGGAUCUCCACAAGACAGAGGGCGAUGGGAAUUUCCCUGGUCCGAACUUCUUUGCGCGCCCUGUUAUCGGUGGUCAUUUUGCCUUCUUGGCGCUGGAGCGUGCUUGUGGUGGGAAGGCUAUGCCUGGGCUGUCUUUCUUGGAUGAUGUUGAUGAGAAGACUUUGGAGGAGUGGUCUGCGGAUGCGGAGGCCGCAGCCAAUGACAUCCGUCUGUCGAGACAUGGCCAUGAGCUGUAG